GAUAAGAGCGUCUGCUAAAUUACAUACAUAAAUGUAUAGACGGAUCCGCUGUUUGCGCACAGAGCGGCUGUCUUUAUCACCAAGGAAACGCUUGACAAUAAAGGAGCCUGCAGGAGUUCUGUCCUCGAGUCAAGCUCAGCUGUCAGCAGCAGGAUGUCAUUCCCAUGGACCUUCUGCUCUCCUCCGUUCCACUACAUGCUGCGUGCGUCUGGGCAGAGUGAGGUAUGGAGCGACGCUCGGCCGGAGGACAAGUUCCAUCAGUACGGCUGGCGCUGCGGAACCAGCGAGGACGGAUAUGGUACCGGGACUCUGAUCGGUAACUGGGUCGAACAACAAAAAGACAGCACUCAAUACCGGAAAGCCAGACCCCUACCUUCACAGGUUAGACCCCUACCUUCACAGUUCUCUCACUACUUCGACUCCACCUACUCCUCCUCCUUUAACCGUGAAGAGAAGAGACCCAUCUACAGCUUGAGGAAGGAGUCCAAGAGUUUCCCGGGCCACCAGCUGGAGUUAGACCCCCCUGUGAAGCUGCAGGAUGCUAGGGUACAACAGGAGAACACCGCAGGCAGAGCAGCCCCCUUCUGACCCCUCAAUAAACACU